AUGCCCGCCCUCCUCCAAGUGUUGGAGGCAGCUCAGCUGACUCCCCUGUGCAAACACCUUAUGUGCCUCUUCCCUGAAGUCGUCCUGCUACCCCCCCUGGAACCAAACCACUCCCCUCAAUAUGCUCAGGGAGCCAGCGGCGCUGGCUCCUCCCCACAACAGGGCUUUUCUCAAGCUCCCGCAAGCAACUGUGCAGGCAGCAUGACAAGCUCCCCCCUCCACUUCAGCCAUACACCCCUUCCUCCCAGUAGCCGGUCAUUCGGCCGUGAAGAUUAUUCUCCGGCCCCCCUGGGAUCUGAUUAUGACCCACCUUUCGAUGAUGGCCCCCUUGCUCAUGGUAUGGGGGACCUUUGUAUGGACAACAUGGACGAAGUUCGUCAUGACGAGGAGAAUGUAUAUAAUUUGGACAGCCCGCCCAGAUCGAAAAAGGUGCACGGAAAGAAGCGGCAGCUACCUUCCUCUCCCACUCCGUCGCCUCCCAAGGCACCCCCUCCCCGCACCUCCAACCACGACAGUCGCAGCUCAUUCAAGUCCCACGUCAAUCACGUCAUCAUGCGCGACAGCACUUCUUCCCCCACCUCUUCAUCGAAGGCUUUGUUGCAACGGUCCAAUCCAUCCUCCCCUCGGCAGGCGUCUCCGACAUCCCAAACGUCACUCUCCGAGAGACCGAGCAGCAGGGAGUCGGUGAAGAAGCAUCUCCGAACGGAGGUUCAGCAACAAGUUGAGAUGUUGAAUGACGACUUAGAGAGUGUGCACUCCGAGAAGCUCACCUUAUACCAGCUCAAGAACGAGCGCCUGAUGGUCAAGCUCAAUGCCAAUCGCCAAGACAAGGAGCACCAUUUCAUACGCGAGGAGCGUGCCCACAAGCGCGCGGACGCCGCGCUCGUCCAUCAACGGCUGCAGGAGAGCAAGGACCAGGAGAUUUGUUUGCGGGAAGCGGAUGCGAAGGCUCUUGAGUUAGAGAGGCAGGUGAUGCUCUUGCACAUUGAAUAUGCCAAGAUCAACAAGCCAUGA